UGCAUUUGUCAUGAAAGUAAAAAAGCUGAGAGCCAGGUUUAGGAGAUGUUCUGCCUUUUAGGUAGAUUUAAUAGUAAAAUCCUAUCGUAUACUGGCUCGUCGGGACGAGCCAGCAUUAUAGUCUGCUAUUAUUACGGUCGCCGUAACCGAAACCAAAAGUACCAAGGAAAUAUUCUUCUAUAUGGCAAAUAUGUAGACUCGUGAGCUGUAGGAAUGGCAGGGUUAUUCGAGAAGCCACCAGGUCAUGUCCAUCCAAGGGGUUACGCCGUCUUAAUCACCAACAAAGAUUUUCGAUGGAUUAAUUUGCCAAUUUUAGCAUAUCCAGGAAAGAAGGUCUCAGAUCCAACACGGAGAGGUGCGGAUGAAGAUGAUACCAAUUUACAAUAUGUUUUUGAUACAAAACUUCGAUUCCAGUUACUGGAUAACAGAACAUAUAAAAACGUUUAUAAAUAUCCAUAUGAAACAUUUGACGUACCAUUUUGGAUACAUAAUAAGCCAUCCGAACAGGCGCCGCCUAUAAAUCAAGCUCAGUGUAAAUGUCUUAGUUGUAGAAUUCAAAUGACAGAUCAUUCUAAGACAGAUUGUUUUGUUCUGGCUAUAAGCACACACGGUGUGCAGGUUGAUGGUGAACAAGAGAUUUGUUUCAGUGAUGAGUAUCUUGCUGACAGAGUAACACUUUCUGAUGUCAUAGAAACACUCAGCGACGAAAACUGUCCAACACUCAGAGGAAAGCCGAGGAUAAUAAUACUUAAUUUGUGUCGAAGUGACCCAGAUGUACCCAAAGGCAAACAAGAUGAAGUCUGGCAUGACAAAGGACACACAUAUAAUAUUGCGGAACAAGAUGAUUUAAGCAAACCGCUUCAAAAUUUGACACUGUGUGGUGGAGGUGACAAUACAAAAGAGCGUUCUGAAAAACAGAGUGGUUGUGGUAACGAUUUCAAAUGCCAAGAAGAAACAAAAGAAAUCGAACACAAAGGCGUUGAGAAAUGUGAAGACGAAGAUGAGAAAAACAAAAUCAAUGAAGAGUAUUAUUACGGUACAGAAAAAGCUUUGAGAAAUCUCCCUUCUAACUUUCUUAUUGUAUUUCCAACAGUUUCUGGAAAGAAAACUUUUCAUAACUUCAAAUACGGAUCAUGGCUUAUAGAUGAAUUAAGGAAAGUUGUUGAGGAACAUGAUUUUGAUAAGAAUCCGUGCAUGAACUUUCUCUCAGUUCUGACAACUACAGCCGGAAGGGUUGCUAGGGAUAAAGAGAGUAAGGAAGGAUAUAAAACUGCAGUUUGUAUUGUGCAUAGAUUACUCCAGCCGCUCAUUUUCACAGAUGCCAAGGGUAAAGAAGAUGAGAAACCGGAUCUAAACGAAGACAAACCAGCAUCAUUAUUUUGAGCGCAUUUCGCAAGGAUGUAUAAAUGCACAUUUACUCAUGAAAAUAUUUUGACCUCAGGGGUUCAAGGCUUUGGAUUCGCUAUAAUGAACAUUCUGAAAAAUGUAUAGAUAGCUUAAUGCCUUUAUAAUUUGCUUCUAGCAAUUGAAGCGUAUAUUUUAAUACAUUGUGAUUGGUACUGUAGAUAAUCAUUCUGCAAAUUAAAAUCACGAGUCAGCUAGAAAUUA